GGAAUCUCCUGGAUGGUGGCGUUGGAUCAGCCCAGUUGGCUUUUCAAGCUGGAAACUGCUAAUGAGGGAUUCGCGUCCAUCCUGGCGGCUGGGGUCUCGGGCCAGGCCAGCAGGCUUCCUGACGGGUACUAACACGUUGGUUGGCAAGAGGCGUUUCGACGAAAUGGUCCUUCCAGCUGCUCCGUGGACUAUGGCUUUCGGGACCGAAUAAUGUAUCUAAAGGAACUGGACAGUCAGGAUAUGAAACUUCGCGCAACGGUGUCCUGCUCAGUGACUGUCAAGCAGCCCUUGAACAAAGGGUUAUUGGCUUGAACCAACUGUCCUUUCUCACUCAGAGUGUGACCUAUUUCCCUACAAUGAACAGAAAAUAAAACUGUUUGACAAUUCCGAGCCAACACCAAGAGAAAUGAGCCAUUCCCUCGACUGCUUCUCGCUUCCGUCGUCCGCGUUGCUCGGUCACUAAAUGCAAACGACAAAAGAUGGUUUGGCUUUUUUUUUUUUCCCCGUGAGUGAAAAUGUGGGUGGCAGAGAAAUGUUUAUUAAGCUGCACCUCUGUCCUCUCUCCCUGCAAGACACAUUAAAUGGGCGCCUUGUCUUUCAGAUACUUCGGUGGCAAGGGCUGUAGAGACAGAGAGAGAGAGAGAGACAGAGACAGAGACAGAGACAGAGAGAGCGAGCAAGAGAGAGAGAUCCUACACAUCGCUGUAGACUUUAGCCCGAGUUAGACGUGGAGUCUCCAGGGAUUUUUCUUGCUGUCUCUCAACACUGCAAGCGGUUUCUUCUGAGACUCGGAAUCGGUCUCUUAGAAUUUCCUCGCGGCUGCCUCCCUUCCAGGAGCACACUUGCUGCCGCGCACUCACAGGUUCAAAACCAGAGUCCCUCCGCUGUGGGCAGCAGGCUCUGAAAGCAGCCGGGGUCGACGAGAGGAGCAGCCUCCCGACUGGAAAUAUGGAUGCGAACACUCAAGGCUCGGUCUGGCUUUACCGCAGAGGAAAAUGAAUCACGUCGUUUCAGGCACUGAUAAAACGCAAGCAGUUUCGAUCUUCUGCAAAUGGUCCUCGCUGUGUUUUGGUGAAAACCGAUCGCUAAUUGGAAUGGCCGGGGAGACGGGAUUUGAGGCGCUCCAAGGACCAGUCUCAAAAUAUUUUAUUUCACGCCCGUGGAAGAGGGAAGGGAGCGUGGCUUAGGCUGUUUGCUGCUUUUGCAUUUCCCACAUCUGGCCUACAGACCUAAUUCCAACUGGAGAUCUCGCUAGAGGAAAUUCGAUCUUCGUGGUUUAAAUACCUUUCAGUGUGGGACGAUCUAAUAAUUACAGCAGUUAAAAAAAAAAAACCCUAAAAACAAAACCGAAAAAAAAAAAAAAAAACUCUUGCGACUAUAUGUGAAACCCAUAUGGAAGGCGGAGAAAAAAAAUAUGCUGCGAGCACCCAAAUCCUACCCAUUGUCUUUAACACCCGAAUACACACUCACACACGUAAACACACGGGGAAGGUGGGGGAGGGGAGAGAGUGGCUGGAGACAGACACGGAGAGAGACAGGCAGGAGUCACUGCGAGUCAAGUUAAAGCUCUCUCCGCCCCCCGCCCCCCAUCCGUGAGCACCCCCUCCGUGUUAAUUAAUUCCAAACAAAGCAAGCCAAUCAAGAGACGCACUGUUAUUUGCAGGCCGAGGGGAGACGGGAGGCACGUUAUUUUUUUUUUAAUUGAUUUAUUUAUUUGGAGGACAUUAAUUCUCGGUCCGGGGCUGAUUUUCAAACCGCUCGGCAGAGCGCGGCUCCAUUGUUCGCCCGGAGCGCAGGCCCCGCCCCGCGCUUUGUGUGCGGCGCGCGGAUUGGCCGGCGCGCGCGGGGGCCGCGUCAGCGCCCGCGAGCCCAUUCAUCUGUGCACUUGGGCGUUGGACCCCGCAUCUUAUUAGCAACCAGGGAGAUUUCUCCAUUUUCCUCUUGUCUACAGUGCGGCUACAAAUCUGGGAUUUUUUUUUUAUUACUUCUUUAAAAGAAAAAAAAAGAUCUACACUUGGGCUCUUUUUUUUUUUUUGGUGCGUGCUCGACUUUUCCACCUUUUUCCCCUCCUUCCUGCGAGGCUGCUUUGCUUUUUUUUUUUUUUCUCUGAUCUCUUCGACUGAAAUUUUUUCCUCCGGAGUGUAUUUAAUCGGCUAUCUUCUGUCCUCCUCGCCACCCCCACCCCCUCCCUCCGGUGUGUGUGUGCCGCCGCCGCCGUUGCUGCCGCCGCCGCCGCUGCUGCUCGCCCCGUCGUCGUUCCACCGACCCAAGGCUCUUUGUUUCCCCUCUUGGAUCUGUGGAGUUUCUUUGUUGAAGAAGCCAGCAUGGGUGCCCAGUUCUCCAAGACCGCAGCGAAGGGAGAAGCCGCCGCGGAGAGGCCCGGGGAGGCGGCCGUGGCCUCGUCGCCUUCCAAAGCGAACGGGCAGGAGAACGGCCACGUCAAGGUAAACGGGGACGCGUCGCCCGCGGCCGCCGAGCCGGGCGCCAAGGAGGAGCUGCAGGCCAACGGCAGCGCCCCGGCCGCCGACAAGGAGGAGCCGGCGAGCGGCGGCCCCGCAGCCCCCGCCGCGGCCGACCAGGACGAGGCGGCCGCCGCCCCCGAGCCGGCUGCCGGGGGCGCGGCGGAGAAGGAGGCCGCCGAGGCCGAGCCCGCCGAGCCCGGCUCGCCCGCCGCCGAGGCCGAGGCCGCGUCCGCCUCCUCCACGUCGUCGCCCAAGGCGGAGGACGGGGCGGCGGCGUCGCCGAGCGGCGAGACGCCGAAAAAAAAAAAGAAGCGCUUUUCCUUCAAGAAGUCCUUCAAGCUGAGCGGCUUCUCCUUCAAGAAGACCAAGAAGGAGGCGGGCGAGGGCGCUGAGGCCGAGGGCGCCGCCGCCGACGGCGCCAAGGACGAGGCCGCGGCGGGCGACGCGGCGGCGGCGGCGGCCCCCGGGGAGCAGGCGGGCGGGGCGGGCGCCGAGGCCGGAGAGCCCCGGGAGGCGGCGGCGGCGGCGGCCGAGCCCGAGCAGCCCGAGCAGCCCGCGGCCGGCGAGCCGCAGGCCGAGGAGCCGUCGGAGGUCGGCGGGGAGCAGCCCGCGGAGCCCGCGGCCGGCGACGCGCCCGCCGCCGCCGCCGCCGCGCCUGAGCAGGAGGCGCCGGCGGACGAGCCCGCCGCGUCCGCAGCCCCCGCCGCGUCGCCGGAGCCGCAGCCCGAGUGCAGUCCGGAGGCGCCCCCCGCGCCCGCGCCCGCGGCGGCCGAGUAAGCGGCCUUGACGUAAUCGAAGAACUUUUCCUCCCCUCCCCCACGCCCCCCCAGUUUGUUUGUUGGAGUGGUGCCAGGUACUGGUUUUGGAGAACUUGUCUACAACCAGGGAUUGAUUUUUUUUUUUUUAAGACGUCUUUUCCUUUUAAUUUUGCAUUUUUUUUUUAAAGCAGCAAAUUUUGUUUGUUCUCUUUUUUUUUAAGUCCCCUCCCCACAGAUUCCCUUCUCAAAUCGUUGUUACCACCAUUCCGACAGGUUGAGGACAGUUUAAGACAGCUUCCUCCGCCUUCUUUUUUCUUUUCUUUUUUUUUUUAAAUUUUUCUUUUGCAUCAGUAUUAAUGUUUUUUGCAUACUUUGCAUCUUUAUUAAAAAAAAUGUAAACUUUCUUUGUCAGAUCUAUGGACGUGCCCAUAUAUGAAGGAGAUGGGUGGGUCAAAAAGGAGUUAUCAGAUGAAGUGAUAGGGGCCACUAUGGGAAAUGGAGACAGUGCAUAACCAUGCUAAGAUAAUAUGCCACUAAAAUGACGGUGUAAAGGCUUAGGGAUUUUCUUUUUCUUUUUUUUCUUUUUCUUUUUUUUUUUAAAGAAAAGUUAUUACGAUGUAUUUUGUGAGGCAGGUUUACAACACUACAAGUUUUGAAUAAGAAGGAAAGAAAAAAAUAAAGACACCAAUACCCAAGAUCUUAAAAAAAACAAAAAAAAAAAACGAUCAUAGUCUUAGGAGUUCAUCUAAACCAUAGGACUUCUUGCUUAUCUCCUGUUAGCUGUACCAGUCAGUGAUUAAGUAGAAUUACAAGUUGUAUAGGCUUUAUUGUUUAUUGCUGGUUUAUGACCUUAAUAAAGUGUAAUUAUGUAUUACCAGCAGGGUGUUUUUAACUGUGACUAUUGUAUAAAAACAAAUCUUGAUACCCUUCAGAAGCACAUGAGGUUUGCAACUCUCCACCCUGCCCAUUUUUGUAAAACUGCAGUCAUCUUGGACCUUUUAAACACAAAUUUUAAACUCAACCAAGCUGUGAUACGUGGAAUGGUUACUGUUUAUACUGUGGUAUGUUUUUGAUUACAGCAGACAAGGCUUUUUUUUUUUUUUUCCAGUUGUCUUUGAGAAUAAAGGAAAAACAAAUAUUCAGAUGCAAUGGUUUUGUGUAGCAUCUCGUCUGUCGUGUUUUGUAAAUACCGGAGGAGCUUUGACCAAUUUGACAUAGAGCUGGAAUGUAACUUUGCUUACAAACAUUGCUAUUCAACUCCUGCUUAAGGUGUUCUAAUUUUCUGUGAGCACACUAAAAGCAAAAAAAAAUAAAUGUGAAUAAAAUGUACAAAUUUGUUGUGUUUUUUUAUGUUCUGAGGCUGACUUCUAGGUCUUAGGUUAAUUUUGAGGAAGACCUUGCAUGCCAUCAAAAGCACAUUUGGCUGUGGUUUUUGAUAGGAAGUUUUCAAGCUCUGAAAUUCAUAAUUAGCCGUGUCAGAUUUCAUACGUAGGAAGGUCUUAUAUACCGUGUCAACUGUUAAUCAUUUAUCUGCUUUUAAUUUGCAUUUAGAAACGGAAGAUUUCUUUUACUGUAGUUAGAGCAUGCCAGAUUAAGUCAUUUAAGAUAAAAGUGGCUUGACCCUAAGACUAUUUAAAAUGUCUUAUGAGACCGUUUUAUAAACCAUUUUCUUGUCAUGCAGGUCCAGAGCCUUUAUAAUCAGUAAGAGUGUUGAGUUCAGACUGCACAAAAGUCAUGAAAAGAUAGCCAAACAUGUUCAAAUGUUGACGGUGUAUUACCUGCUAGAAUAAGCCUUAGCAUCUGACUGAUUUUCAGGUUGUUGUUUAAGGACAGGUUUCUAUCAGGAAGGAAUGGCAUUGAAUGGACAGCAUUAUCAGUCUAUGGACCAUUAGCAUAGCUGAAGCUUUUAUUUUUAAUCAAAGUGUUAGCAUCUUGUUAUUCGAAGGAGAAGAUAAUUAUAUAUUAAUCCUUACUAGUUUACUUUCUGCUUACUUCCCAUUUCAUAACUGGAUAAUUUUACUGGAUGCUAAACUGGUUUUUGCUUUGUUUUGUUACCAUUGCUUUAUUAAAUGAGCAAUAGCCCACCUGUUGUGCUCUCUUGACCAAGGGUGCACGGUGGGGUUCAGGAGAAAGUUGACCCACACCUGUGGUGGCUCCUCAAUAGCAUAUUGUAUUAAAAGAAAAAAAUAACAGCAUUAGCUUUUUGAUAAUGCUCCUCUAAUUGAAAUAAUGGAACAAAAUUAAUGCUUCUUUUUCUUUCUAAACACUCUCUCCCUCUAAUGAAACCAUGUAACAUUUGGAAGAGUAUACUUGAUCCUGAGUUUCUUGAUUUUUGGAAGAUUAAAAUCAAACCUGGUAACCAAAGGACUGAUAUUUGGGACUUUUCCCCACUUUAACCAACUUGUUCAAAAACCCCUAGUUGGCCAAAUAUGGUGCCUGGUAUGCAGUAGGAAUCAAUUGAAAUGGAUUAAAAAAAAUAACUCCUGAAGUGAGUAGUUAAAAAAACUGUGUAGAAAACUAUUCUAUAUUGCUAGGUUUGUUCUUUUAACAGCUGGGAUUUAUUGAGAUGCAUUAUUUUGAUUUUUAAUCACUGCCUAAAACACUUUGGGUGGCAUUGAUGGAGUGGUGGAUUUUUCUCCAGGUGGCUAAAUGCAAUUUGACAUACUUUUCAUCCAAAGUUUUGUACAUCCUAUUGUUUUCUAAUGGAAAAAAAAUUGUUAAUAUGGCUUUUUGUACUACUAAAAAUAGCUUUGAGAUUAAGGAAAAUAAAUAACUCUUGUACAGUUCA